CUCCACUGAUCCACAAUGCUUUUUCUCCCUUCUUUCAUCUUCCUCCUUUUUCACCUCAUUAUUAUCCCAAAAUUGCAGAGUUUCUCAUCCCAGAAAACAUGAAGGGAAGGUUCUUAUUUCUGUCGGUGCUCUUGUAUUCCACCUUUCAUGUCUCCUUCUCCAUUAUCGAUGGACUGGUGGCGAACGGGAACUUCGAGUUGGGUCCGAAGGCGUCGGAUCUGAAAGGGACGGUGGUGGUGGGAGGCAGCAAGUCGAUUCCAGAAUGGGAGAUAUCGGGUUUCGUGGAGUACAUAAAGUCGGGGCAGAAGCAGGGGGACAUGCUGCUGGUGGUGCCGGAGGGGGCGUAUGCGGUGCGGCUGGGGAAUGAGGCGUCGAUAAAGCAGAACAUAAAGGUGCUGAAGGGGAUGUACUACUCGAUCACGUUCAUGGUGGCUCGGACGUGCGCGCAGGAGGAGAGGAUUAACAUCUCGGUGACGCCGGACUGGGGAGUGAUACCGAUCCAGACGCUGUACACGAGCAGCGGGUGGGACCCGAUUGCGUUCGGGUUCAAAGCGGAGAGCGAGACGGUGGAGAUGCUGAUUCACAACCCUGGCAAGGAGGAGGACCCCGCCUGUGGGCCCCUCAUUGAUUCGGUUGCUCUCAGGACUCUCUAUCCUCCCAGACCUACAAACCAGAACCUAUUGAAGAAUGGUGGAUUUGAAGAAGGACCGUAUGUGUUUCCGAACUCAUCAUGGGGUGUGAUAAUCCCACCGAACAUUGAGGAUGACCAUUCUCCUCUCCCAGGGUGGAUGGUGGAGUCCCUGAAGGCAGUGAGGUACAUAGACUCAGAGCAUUUCUCAGUCCCUCAGGCCACAAGAGCAGUGGAGCUAAUAGCAGGAAAAGAGAGUGCCAUUGCUCAAGUGGCCAGAACCAUCCCUGGCAAAACCUAUGUGCUCUCAUUCUCUGUAGGGGAUGCCAGCAACUCCUGUGAAGGCUCCAUGAUUGUGGAAGCAUUUGCAGGCAAAGACACCAUCAAAGUGCCCUACGAAUCCAAGGGCAAAGGAGGCUUCAAACGUGCAGCCCUCAAGUUUGUGGCUGUUGGACCAAGAACAAGAAUCAUGUUCCUCAGCACCUUUUACACUAUGAGAAGUGAUGAUUUCUCUUCACUCUGUGGUCCUGUGGUUGAUGAUGUCAAGUUGAUAAGCCUGCGUAAACCAUAAGAGUUUCGAUCAUCCAUAAGGGUUCUGAGUCUUUGAUGAGAUUAUGAUAUAUAGUUAGAGAAUAAUUUUAUAAGCAUGUGUUUCUUAUCAUUUCUGUCUUUUCUUUUUUACUAAGAGAGGCCUGGGAGUUAUGACUAUGAUCUUCAUUCUGAUAUAUUGAAAUAAGUGUGUAUAACAAGUAUUAUUAUAUCAUCUAUAGACUUAUACUAUAUAUACAAGUGGAGGGUUUCUAACCCCUUUCAUGUAUUUUGAAUAUUAUGCUCAAAAAUAUAGAUUAUUCAUAAAUAAAAAUAAAUUUUCACUCUAA